GGGGUCAUGAGCUGGAGCAGAUGCAACUCAUCCUGGAGACAAUCCCUGUUAUCCACCAGGAGGACAAAGAGGAGCUGCUGAAGGUGAUGCCCACGUUCAUCAACAGCACGUGGGAAGUGAGGAAGCCUCUGCGCAAGCUGCUGCCUGAAGUGGACAGUGAAGCUAUUGAUUUCCUGGAGAAAAUCCUGACAUUUAACCCCAUGGAUCGACUGACGGCCGAGAUGGGUCUGCAGCAUCCUUACAUGAGUCCAUACUCCUGCCCCGAGGAUGAGCCAGUGUCUCAGCACCCGUUCCGCAUCGAGGAUGAGAUUGAUGACAUUUUGCUGAUGGAGGCCAACCAGAGCCAGAUGUCCAACUGGGACAGGUACCACGUCAGCCUCUCCUCGGAUGUGGAGUGGAGACACGACAAACACCACGAGAUGGAUGAGGUUCAGCGUGACCCCCGGGCAGGGUCGGAAUCCACCGCUGAGGAGGCACAGGUUGAUCCACGGAAAUACUCCCAGAGCAGCUCGGAGAGGUUCCUGGAGCUGUCCCACUCAUCCAUGGACCGAGUGUUUGAUGCGGAUUGCGGGAAGUCGUGUGACUACAAAGUGGGGUCACCUUCCUACCUGGACAAACUGCUGUGGAGGGACAGCAAACCCCAUCAUUACUCAGAGCCCAAGCUGAUCUUGGAUUUAUCCCACUGGAAAAGAGCAACCAUAGCACCUGCAGCUGAGCUGUCGCUGGAAGAAGAGCCUUCCAACCUCUUUCUGGAGAUCGCUCAGUGGGUGAAGAGCACACAGGUGGGGCUCGAGUGCCCCAGCUCUCUCCCAGAGAUUCAGGAGCGCAGCCUGCCCUCCUCUCCUCACCACCUCCACAAGGAGCCCGCAGAGGUGAGCGGCGAAACAGACCCCGAGUUCAACCUGGAUGUCUUCAUCUCCAGAGCGCUGAAACUUUGCACAAAACCCGAGGAUCUUCCAGACAACAAGCUGAAUGAAAUCAACGGCGCCUGCAUCUCUGAGCACCCCAGUGAGAUUGUGCAGACAGAGGUGUACCAGAAGGAGAGGUGGUGA